AUGCACGUGCGUUUGCUUGUCAAACACGUGGGGCUCAGGGGAAAAGAGGAAGGAUGUAACGAAGGAGAAGAAGCAACGAGAAGAGGCCUGCAACGUGUUAGUGAAAAUUUGACCCAAUACGGAUUUUCACUUCUCCAUGCAUAUAUUCGAUUUAUGGAAUGCGUGCUACAUAUAUCGUACAGAUUAAAUUUUGAAAAAUGGAGGGUUACUGGUAAAAACCAAGAAAUAAUGAAACAGAGAAAGGCAGAAAUUCAGAAAGAUCUUAGGGAUGCUCUAGGAAUAAUGGUAGAUACUCCUAAACAAGGUUUCGGAAGUACGAACGAUGGAAAUACUGCCAGAACAGUUUUUAAAUCUGAAAACAUUGCUAUAGUAUCAGAAAAGACUGGUUUUGAUAAAGAGUUAUUGAAACGUCUAAGUAAUAUCUUAUCUGUCCUGCAUUGUGGGCAUUCUAUCAGGAUUGAAGAGUUUAGGAUUUAUGGUUUAGAGACAGCACGCGAAUUCGUACGAUUAUAUCCGUGGUAUUGCAUGCCACCUUCGAUGCAUAUAAUUUUAUUGCAUGGAUACCUUGUGCUAAAGAAAUUUGAUUUGCCAAUAUAUAUGAUGUCUGAAGAAGCACAAGAAACGAGAAACAAAGACAUCAAAAGAUUUCGAGAAUUUCAUUCUCGAAAAAAAUCCAGAGUUUGCACAAACCAGGAUGUCUUUGAAAGAUUGUUAACAUCUUCGGAUAUCUAUAUAUCAGAGACUAGAGACAUUCCAGAAAAACAGCAUCGCACAUUAACAGAUGAAAUGAACGUGUUAUUAUAUUAA